CGAGAACUGAACGAGAGAGGAUAUCAGGUAACCCAAUGUCAAAGCCGGUCAGUGUGUAGCGUGGAAGGAUAAACUAAUUUACAGACACUUUGAUGCUAUCAGUCAUGACGAGGAGUUUAGCCUUAUUGCUGGUCGUAGUGGCGACGGUGUAUGCCGCACCACCGGUCAGAAUCGACUCCAAGGAUGAGUGCGGCUCCACGAACACCGUCGAACUGGAUUCUGACUUCCGGUUGGUAGGCCGGGGCGUGGCGGCUGGCGCCAACUCAACCAAAGACUCCAUGUGCACGUUCAGCUUCACCGCCACCGACGGCGCGGAAGGGUGCAUGGGACUGUGCUACAUGUUCGAUCACUACGCGACCAUCAAUGAUAUGAAAGUGGAGCUGGCCGUCGGCCCUAAGGUGUUCAAAAAAGGUGACGCUUUCCCCAUGGAGCCCGUGUGCAUGGAGGACAAAGCCCUGCCAGUGACCUUGACCCAGAAGACUGGCUACAUAUACAAGAAGGACGAGCCCAACUACAAGUUUGUCCUGAGCGUCUAUAACAAGUGUGGAAUGAAGGGAUCCGUCAUCAACAUAGACUUUGAUGAAGCCAUUCAAUUGGUGGAUGGUUAUCACCAUGGCGAGAAGAAAGAAGAUAGGGAGAGGAGCACAUUUAUUGCUGGUAUCUUGCUGGGAUUUGGCCUGUCCUGUAUUUUCCUGGUUGUCCUUGCUAUUGGCUACUGCUACACCAGAAACAGCCCAACCGGGCGAGGAAGGUCAAGCUCUGCUAUGAAAAUUGGAGGUCAGCGCGGUAAGAUGACCCCAGGCCAGGAGCCCAAGGAGGUUGAGAUGGGCGUCCGAUACAAGGCUAAAGACCCUGACCAACCAGAAGUUAAACCACUACUCGACCCAGUAAAACCACCAGCAGAGGGCGCCACUGGCAAACAUUCAGAUGAUGAAGAGCCCAAAGCGGACGUUGCACCGGAAAUCGAGCCCGAGGAUAAGGAGAAAAAAUCUGACCAACCUGCUGGAAAAGCUGUAGAAACCAGGGAAAACACUACUGAAUCUUCUGAUACUCCGGCCACUGGUGAUGCUGCACCUGCCGACGAAAACUGAUAAUUCUCCUUACUUAGAAUUAUUUUAAAAAUUCUGUAAAAUUGGUGUUGUAAAUUAGAUGUAACAGUGUAUAAUAAUUAUUCCUACAGUAUACCUUGACACAAAAAUGUUUUUAAGACCAAUUUAAGCACAUUUUUCAAUACUGUUUGAAAGUAACAUCGGGGAUAAAUUUUCGAGGCCAUCCAAAAUUCGUGUUUUCCAUGCUUUGGGAACUUCAUCUGUAAAUAUCUAUGUCAGGUUAUUUAGGAUUUUCUAAUAUUGAGUAAUGGUGAAAGAUAUCGAGAUGUUUAUAUGUAUAUUCUGAUUGUUAGCAGCAAUGAAUCUGUAAUGUAAAGAGAGCUUAUACUAGGUAAUUUAGGGUGCGAAAAUGAUGUCAUUUAUAAUUACAUGUACAUAAAGGUAACCCUAAAACGACCAGUCUAUUAAUUAUACUAGUACCAAGCAUGUUCUCCUAAGCUUAAAACAGAGGUUUUGAGAAAAACUGAUGUUAAAUUGCUUUGUGUUGUAGAGCAUGUAGUAUACAAGGUUUUGUUUGAACAUUUUACAAGACUAAAAGUCUAUAUCAUUUUUUCUUCAAACAGCAAUACAUGUGCAAAUCAGUGUUUGUAUUUGAUUGCAUAUAUUUUCAAAUUUGUAAUAUAGUUGCUGUUUAAUCUUAUUUUUAAAGUUUUACAUGUUUUUAGCCUUGUCAAUGUACAGAGCUUGUUAUACAUAAACAUUUUCAAACUUAUAAAUGUUCUACAAAUAUUUGGAUCCGGAAUGAUGAUCUUACAGGAAGUUAUAAUCAAGUCUUCAUGUAAUAAGAUCAUGGCAUAGGAAAUAAAAAAAAAUUGAAUAGAUCUCAUUUUGGAAUAAUACACUGCUUGAUUGUUAAAUAAAAAUGGCUUAUAAUUGCAUUCAAAGAAGAGUGAACGAAAUAAGAAAUUAUAUAAUAGAUAUAUGAGUUUAUACAUGCAUAUCAGUGGACAUUCAGUAGUUAGAAAAUUGUUAGGAGUGCUUUAUUCUAUAAAAAUUAUAUUGUUUUCUGAUAUCAUAAACAAUAAAUUAAGCAAUUUACCAUUUCAUACUACUGCAAGGUGGUACAUCAGCUGGACUUCUUACCUAUGUAUCAGAACCAAUAUUUUGUGGAUGUAUCCCAUUUUAUCCUGAAAUUUUAUCACAACGUGUAACGAAACUAUGUUUGUAUUUUCUGAUAGCUACUAUUGUUGAAACCUAGAGCUUUGUUUGGGAUGCAUGUACUUGUCUUGUAUGUUUUUGCUUGAUAUUUGUUGGGUUUGGCAGCUAGUUUAGCUUAAACAAGUAAUUAAUGUAUUCAAAUCAGUUAUAAGGAUUUUUGCAAUGUGCAUUACUUUUAAAACAAGAUAAAUAAUUUAGCUACUGUAUUUUUCUACAUGAAUUGCUCAUGCACAUUUCUGUUUAGAAGCUUUUAAACACAAUAUUUCCGGUGUCAAAGUUUUGUAAAAUGAUAAAAUGAUAAAAGAUAUUUUUAUGUUAAAAACCACGCUCGACAUCUCAAGUCUGUGGUAGCUAGCUAUGUGAAUGUUUUAUAUUAGAAAGUUACCAACGCUGUUGUAGAAAUUUAGUUGUGUGUUUUUAUCACCAUAUAUGUAAAAUGGAUAACAUUCCCAUGUGGCCAUGGAUUGUUCUCAUGUUAUUUCACUCAUAUUGCUCACAAAACCUUCCAUUACCAUGGUGAUAUAUCUGUUAUGUUUAAUAUAGCCCCUCCAUAAAUUUUACCUUUAAUAUCGAAAGUUUAUAUACUCUGUAGCUUAUUCUAAUUUUCAUGAACCUCUUUUCACAAUUUUUAUAUUUUUUUCAAUUUCAUGAGUGUUAAAAUUCAAUCAUGGACAAACAUUAUAUUUUUUUUACAAUUUGCGAGGAUUUUAAAUUUACGAGCUUCAUUAAUUCCCAUUAAAUUGAUUUUAUUCAACCUUCUCAAAAUUUGAACAAGCUACUGUAGUUAGUCAGUGUUUAAGGUAGUGUUAUUCUGUAGGUCCUCUUAAUGGAAAAUGAAUCUCUACAAAUGCCUUUCAGAAAGGCUCGUGCAUUUUAUAACAUUUACUUUCUCAUAACAUAGCAAGCUAACCAAUACCAAAAUCAAUUUGUGCUAUGUUGCAAUAUUUUUUAUUAGAUGUGGUAGUGUUCACAAAUAGUACAUGUUUACAUACCAAUGCAUCACAUUAUGUGAACUUAUACAUGUAUAUUGAUGGACGAGUGUGGAUUAGACUUCCAAGUUUUAUAAUAAAGACAAUACCAAAUUUUA